AUGGUGGCAGAAGUGUUAGAAGAUAAAAAAAGACCAAUCGAAGACCAAUGUGAUGGAAAUAGCUCCAAACGUCCAAGACGAGGCAGGAGAUCCAGAUUAAGAAGAUACAAAAACAAAGACAUUGAUGAAACUUCUCCCUUGGGUGUUUUGCAGUUAGAAAUUAAAGAAUUAUUGGAGAAACAUAACUUAACCAAAGAGGAUGUGAUGAACGAUAUGUCUGCUAUUCUCAAUGACCCUGAACUUCUUGAAAAAUACAACAAUAGAAUUAUUUCGGACGUGAAAGUAUUAGCAUUAACAUCUAAUGGAGACUCGCUUGCUAUAAUCCCUCUGGUAGAUCCAGAAAGAAAACAAGUUGUCCUCAUACCAUUUGCUUUACCAAAUGACGUUGUCACAAUCAAAGUCCAUAAAAGUCACCCCAUGUAUGUGGAAGCAGAUCUACUUUCGAUUGAAAAAUCUACUUCUAUGAGAAACAAUGAACUUAUAAAUUGUCGUUAUUUUGGUAAAUGUUCAGGGUGUCAAUUCCAAAAUAUCGAGUAUCAACAACAAUUAGCAAUUAAAAAGCAAACUAUCAUUAAUGCCUAUGAUUAUUUUGCUCCGAAAUUGGUGUCACAGAAGUUAUUACCUGAAGUUUUACCUACACAAGAAUCACCUUUAACUUAUAACUACCGUACCAAAUUGACACCUCAUUUUUAUAUACCUAAUAAGAAGACAGGUAAAGAUUUGCCGUGCCCACCAAAUUUGGGAAUUGCAUCCAAAGGUAGACCUACUUGGAGAAAAUCUGAUUUUGGUCCUGAAGGAACCAACAUUGAUAUUGAAGAAUGUAAUAUCGGAACAAAAAUAAUUAAUCAAGGGUUAGCAAAUGAACGUAGAAGAUUUAAUACUGAAUACGUUAAAUAUUCCAAAGGUGCUACAUUUUUGUUGAGAGAAGAUACAAAGGUAUUACAAGAAGACACCGUUAUUGGUCCAGGAUCAGUUGAUGAAAAUGGUCAGGUAUCAAAAAUAGAAGUUGAACUUGAGGAUAAUACGAAAUUGGUCAAGACUUGUGUGACCCAAACAAGACAGAUUGUUCAAGAGUAUAUUAAUGGGUACAUUUUUGAAUUCUCUGCAGGUGAAUUUUUCCAAAAUAACAAUUCGAUUUUGCCUAUUGUCAUAGAUUAUGUGCGAUCCAAUUUAUCGCUUUCUGAAGAUCAACCAAACUAUUUAGUUGAUGCUUACUGUGGGUCGGGCUUAUUUUCAAUCACCUGUUCAUCAAAUGUAUCCAAAGUGAUUGGUGUCGAAAUUUCGGCAGAUUCCAUCAGAUUUGCUAAACGUAACGCUGAAAAAAACAAUAUCAAGAAUGCUAAUUUCAUUGUUGGUAAAGCUGAGGAGAUUUUUGCUAGUAUGGAUACUCCAAAUAAUCAAACAUCAGUGAUAUUGGAUCCACCAAGAAAAGGUUGUGAUGAUGUAUUUUUGAAUCAAUUAUCAGACUAUAACCCAGCAAAAAUUGUCUAUAUCAGCUGUAACGUUCAUUCACAAGCUAGAGAUAUCGAGUGGUUUAUCAACAGCACUGUUAAUGGUAAUCAGUAUUACGUAGAAAGUAUCAAAGGGUUUGAUUUUUUCCCACAAACCCAUCACGUUGAGACUGUUGCAGUAUUGUCAUUGAAAGAAAAUAAAUAA